AUGUCCAGUCGUAGACGUGAGGUCGCGGGCCGCACGAUGUGGUUUGAGGGCGAGGAACCACCGCCUGUCCAAACACCGGAGGUGCGCACAAACGUCCAUUCCGACACGGUGUUGGCCGAGCUCUCCAACAAUUUCGGAUCGAAGACGCCCUCGUGCGAACCCACAUACACCCGUCGUGAAAUUCCGACGAACAACCCAUAG